AUGAACCUUCCAAUUGAUAAGGUGACUCAACUACAAGAUAUAUAUAUAUUUGAAACAACAAUUAAUCAAACCAUAGCAAAUAUACAGAAAAAAAGAAAAAUUUAUUUUCGAUUAGCAUUGUUUUUAUUAGCAUUAUUUAUUGUUUCAUUUAUAUGGGUUUUCUCAAGUUAUAGGUCAGCUGAAUAUAAUUCAACAAAUAAUAUAAAUAAUAACAUUAGUAAUCCAAUUGAAACCUUUACAACAACCACCACUGAUGAUAUUACCAAUCAACAAGAAUUAACACAACAACAGCAACAACAAGCUGAUCCUUUAUAUAAUACUGAUGUUUUCCAAAAUCGAGAUAAUCAGCCCUCUACCAAUUUAAAAUUAUUAACAACUUUUAAAUAUAGUUUACUUUUAUUACCAUCAUUUAUUUUAUUUUUAUCAUUUAUUUUUUCAGUCAUAACAUAUUUCAGUAUUGAUGACCCAUUUUUAUUUAUAUCAAGGUGUAAUUCGACAUUAUGUUUAUUUAAUAUUUACUAUUGCGUUAAUAAUAAAAAAAUUAUGAUAUUACCAAAUAAAUUUAAUAAUAAUAAUAAUAAUAAUAAUAAUAAUAAUAAUAACUAUAAUAACAGCAAACCAUCAACUUUCAACAAUAAUAGUUACACAGCAAAUUCAACAUUUCAACAAAAUCAAACGAAUGAUUGGAGCCAGCACAAUAAUAGUUAUGUAGGAGAUGAUGAAUACAACCACAGGGGCAACCGAUUAACACAAAACAAUAGUACUUCAACAGUCCACAGAACCAAAAAGUUUGAAAAUUUAAAUAAUGCCACUAUUAUUAUUGGCAGUAGUGAUGGCAAUAGUGGUUACUCAUACCAAUAA